CUGCUCGACGAAUUGCCCCGGUGCCAUGGCAUCGCUCCGCGCGGCGCCUGGGAUGCCAUUCCCGGCGUGGCCGGCGUGCUGCCCUCCUCCGAGCUCGCCAGGAUCCGCGCGUGGCGUGCCGUUCUCUCCGCUGGAUUCCGCGGGGCACCUCCGCCGGCGCGCGUACCCGAGGAUCCAGGCGACGGCGAGGCACGGCGCGCGGAAGGAGAACCCCAAGGUCAGGAACCGCCGGCUGCAGAGGAAGUUCAAUGGCACGGCGACGAAGCCGAGGCUGUCCGUGUUCUGCUCCAACAGGCAGCUCUACGCCAUGCUCGUCGACGACCACAACAGGGAGAUCCUCUUCUACUGCAGCACCCUGCAGAAGGCCAUCUGCGGCGACUCGCCCUGCAGCGCCGUGGAGGCCGCUGGGAGGGUCGGGGAGGAGGUCAUCAGGGCAUGCAAAGAGCUGGACAUCUCCGAGAUCUCGUCCUACGACCGCAACGGGUUUGCUCGAGGGGAGAGGAUGAUGGCGUUCGAGGUUCCGGUCUCGCAGUACGGGUUCCUGCCAAGAUAGCAGCAAGAGAAAGAAAUCAGGUGCCCAACCGUAGAUAGGAUAGUGUAUUGACAUCAAAUGAACUAUAAACAUGUGAAUUGGUGGCUGACUGGCUGUGUGUUACUGUGAUCCAUCAGUUCUUGGAGAGCAUGUAGU